AUGGAAAAUCGAGGGCUGUUCGGCGCCCUUUGUUACCUGAUGCUCAAUGCCCCGUUGCUCUUCGUGGUCCAGGCCACCUUUACGGAAGUUCCUAAAGAUGUGACUGUUAGGGAGGGAGAUGAUAUUGAGAUGCCUUGCGCUUUCCGGGCCAGCGGCUCCACCUCUUACUCCUUGGAAAUCCAGUGGUGGUACCUUAAAGAACCAGCCCGGGAGCUCGCCCACGAAUUAGCCAUCAGUGGCCCUGGAAGCAGAAGCAAGGUAACAAAUAAGGAUGCAACUAAAAUCAGCACUGUGCGCGUUCAAGGCAACGACAUCUCGCACCGGCUGCGCCUCUCCGGGGUCCGGCGGCAGGACGAGGGCGUGUACGAGUGCCGAGUCUCGGACUACAGCGACGAGGACACGCAGGAGCACAAAGCCCAGGCGCUGCUGCGCGUCCUGGCGCGCUUCUCGCCGCCCGACGUGCAGGCGGCCGAGGCCGUCUCGCACAUCCAGCGGAGCGGCCCCCGCAGGACCAGCCCGCCGGGUCGAGCCACCGCCGAACCCGGGCUGGGAGACAAGCGCCUCCUGCCGGCCCAGGGCGAAGCUGCCGCCUCUUCGUCCUCCGCAGACGCCUCCCCGGCCUCCGCAGCCGCCGCCUCCUCCUCGUCGUCCUCCCCCUCCUCUUCCUCCUCGAUUACCACCACGACCACUGCGGCAGCGGCCGCGGCAGCAUCCUCGGCCUCGCCCCGUCCAGGCAAAGCGACCAUCCUCCGCCAGCAGCACGAAUCAGGUACAGACCCUAUUUACGCAACAGACCCAUUCCUCUGUACGUUCCUGUUAAUGUUGCAUAAACUCGUACACUUAUUAUUAAACCUCUGA